UUGGCAGCUAGUAGCUCUCCUCAGUGUAAUUAGUUGAGACGCACCGGCUCCAUCCACAUUACGGUGUCGUUAGACCGAAGCAACCCUUCUUAAACUUACAUCCAGACCGCGUACACCGCAGGGACAUACAGUACCGGCGUCCAGUGACCAAACAACUGAAGAUGAUUAAGCUUUUUUCUCUGAAACAGCAGAAGAAAGACGAGGAAUCUGCUGGAGGAAACAGAACAGGAGCCGGGGGUAAAAAAGCCAGUGCGGCCCAGCUCCGAAUACAGAAAGACAUCAAUGAGUUGAACCUGCCAAAGACGUGUGAGAUCAACUUCCCUGAUGACGAUGACCUCCUCAACUUCAGACUCAUCAUCUCACCAGACGAGGGUUUUUACAAAGGAGGAAAGUUUGUCUUCAGUUUUAAGGUAGGACAGGGUUACCCCCACGACCCCCCCAAGGUAAAGUGCGAGACAAUGGUGUAUCACCCCAACAUCGACCUGGAAGGAAACGUCUGCCUAAAUAUCUUAAGAGAGGACUGGAAGCCUGUGCUGACAAUAAACUCCAUCAUCUACGGUCUACAGUAUCUAUUUCUAGAGCCUAACCCUGAGGAUCCGUUGAACAAGGAGGCAGCAGAGGUUCUCCAGACGAACCGGCGGCUCUUUGAGCAGAACGUCCAUCGCUCUCUGAGGGGCGGCUACGUGGGCGCCACCUACUUCGAGAGGUGUCUUAAAUAACUCGGCGUCCCAUGAUCCUUGAACCCCCCAUCCCCACCCUUCCCCCUUCACUCCUCACCACCUCCUCCCCCUCUGCCUCACCCCUCUUCCCCCUUUUCCUCCUCAGUCCUGCUCGUUGGCAGAAGCAGGAAGUGCUGUGACAGGAAGCAGCAUGCCAGAGGACAUUUUUCUGUUUUAAAACAAAAGAUGAUGAU